AUGGAAGAAGGGCCCUUUCAACACAGGUUUUAUGGAACGCCUGGUCGGCGUAUUCAUUAUGUUACAGGUGGAUUUGCCGAAAAUCCUGUCAUUGUACUAUUAGCAGGUUUCCCACAAAGUUGGUACGCUUGGCGCAAAGUAAUUCCAAUCCUAUGUAGCAGAUUCCGCGUUGUUGCUAUCGAUUUACCGGGACAAGGUGAUUCUGAUAGACCUUUAGAUGGGUACGAUACAAAAACAGCCGCAUCAACCGUUCAUGAUGUAGUCAAACUUAACACAAAAUCUCAGUACUAUUUGGCUGCGCAUGAUAUAGGCGCAUGGGUUGCAUUCACUUACGCACUGCUAUAUGAGGAUGAAAUCAUAAAUUUGGCUUUGCUAGAUGCAGGCAUCCCUGGCGUGACAUUGCCAGAAAGUCAUUCAGGUGAACCAGACAAGGCCUGGAGAACUUGGCACUUUUUGUUCCACACCAUUGCAGAUUUGCCAGAAAUGCUAAUCGAAGGAAAAGAACAAGUUUACCUUGAAUGGUUUCUACGCAACAAAGCCGCAAAUCCGUUCUCAUUCGAAGAAUCUGAUAUCAAAGAAUAUCUGCGGGUGUUUAAAAAACCUGGUACAGUGCGGGCAAGUUUGGCUUACUAUCGCGCUGUCUCCACUUCGUCUCAGCAGAAUAAAGAACUACUGAAGUCCAAAAAAAUCCAAAUAAAUAUGCUUGCCAUUUCUGCUGGAAACGGCUCAAUUGCGAAUAUGGCCGCAGCACUGGCAGAUUCUGCUCCUAAUGUAGUUGGAGUUGUGGUAGAUGAUUGUGGGCAUUAUAUACCCGAAGAGAAGCCGGCGGAGCUAGCAAGAAAGUUGAUUCAACACUUUGAAUACUAA